AAGCAUUACCAAAUUUGAACCCUUUACAUAGUUCUGUAUACCAUUUUUUCUUCUUUUUCUAAUGGACUCUCAGAUAAUGAAAGACUUCCUGAAGGGAAAGACAAUUCUAGUGACAGGAGCAACUGGCUUUUUAGCAAAAGUUUUUGUUGAAAAGAUAUUAAGGAUUCAACCAGAGAUACAAAAAAUGUAUCUACUCCUAAGAGCUUCCAACACUCAAUGCGCUGAAGAGCGUUUGCAAAAUGAGGUUUUUAAGAUUGAUUUAUUUCGCGUACUAAGAGAAAGGUGGGGUGAAAAUUUUAGUUCUUUCAUAUCAAAGAAGGUUGUGACAAUAGCAGGUGAUGUUGCUAAAGAAAAUUUGGGAAUAAAAGAUGAAAAGCUUAAAAAUGAUAUGUUUGAAGAGAUAGACUUUCUUGUCCAUUUUGCUGCAUCUACCAAAUUUAAUGAAAGAUUUGAUAUAUUGAUGGAUGUUAAUACCAAAGGUGCUUUAAAUGUCUUGAACAUCGCAAAGAAUUGUAGAAGAUUAAAGGCUUUUGGGCACAUAUCGACUGCAUAUGUAUGCGGAGAUGCUAAGGAUGGACAUGGAAUUUUACAAGAGAAACCAUUUGAGAUGGGACAAUCUCUAAAAAAGGACUCCAAAUUAGACAUACACAAAGAAAUGGAUUUGAUAAAGAGAAAAUUAGCUGAACUCCAAGCAAUGAAUGUGGAUGAAAAUUCAAUGAAAUGUGUAAUGCAAGAUUAUGGAAUGGAAAGAGCAAAUUUUCAUGGUUGGCCAAACACAUAUACAUUCACAAAAGCAAUGGGAGAGAUGCUUUUAAUGCAUAAAAAAGAUAAUGUACCUUUGAUCAUUAUACGCCCCACAAUGAUAACUAGUACAAGAAAAGAUCCCUUUCCCGGUUGGAUUGAAGGUUUAAGAACUAUUGACAGUAUGAUAUAUGGCUAUGGUCACGGGAAAAUUAAAUUCUUCCUUGGUAAUCCCAACACAAUUAUGGAUGCGAUACCUGCAGACAUGGUCAUCAAUUGUGUGAUGACAGCCAUUUUUUUUCAUUCAAACGAACCUCCUAAGAAUUUUAUCUACCAUAUUUCGUCAUCAUUAAGAAAUCCUAUCAAAUCUUCUGAUCUACACAAUAUUUGCCAUCAUUAUUUCAUGAAAACCCCUUGCAUAAAUCAAAAUGGAAAGCCAAUUAUCAUUUCCAAGGGAAUUGUGGUGAACAGCUUUGCUGCUUUCAACAUUUUUAUGAUAAUCCGAUUUGUCUUGCUACUAAUGGUCUUAAAUUUGGUGAACAAAAUAUGUCGCAAUAGCUUCAAAGAUGUUUAUGACAACCAAAGCAGAAAAUUUCGAGUGCUGCAGCAUUUGGCAAAAUUAUACAAACCAUAUGCGUAUUUUAAUUCCAUCUUUGAUGAUACCAACGUCGAAAUUUUGCGGAUGGCAACAAAGGUUAAUCUUAAAACAAAGAAUGAUGAAUUGGAUUUUGACCCCACAAGCUUUGACUGGAAGGACUAUAUGAUGAAUAUACACAUCCCCGGCCUUCUUAAGUAUCACAAGAAAUAGUUUUCAACAUCAAAUGGUUUGUCAGCCUCUUAUAUAUUAUAAUUUUGAGCUUAGUGUUUGAAUAAAACUGGUGUGUGUGUAAGUACUUGCGCCUUGUGAGGAAGAUAUUUGCUUUUAAGAACUCAAAUAAAAUAAUGAUAUUUAAAAGAGAAAACUAAAAAUAAUGUAUGUGAAAGCAUGUAUUAGAGAGUGGAAAUUAUAAGGUUGUUAUUGUAAUAUCAUUGAUUAUUGACAAUUGUAAUAAUUGAGGUAUAUAUUACUUCAAAAAUAUAUAUAAAUUGGUUGAGUUUGUGUAAGUUGCUCAUUAAUCUCUACAAAAAUAUAUAUAAAUUGGUUGACUUUAGAU